ACUGAAUAUUUAAAAAUCAUAGUUAAAUUCGAUAUAGAUUUAAUACACGACAUGUGUGAGAGUGGAAGAUUACUUUUUGUUAAGUAUCUGACAUGAGAUAACAAUUAUCUUUCAAUGUUACAUAUUUAUGAUUAAAUAUCAACUAUUAACAAAUCGACGCACAUACAGCGUUGAUGCAUAUACAUUUACACGGACCAGCCGUUGCUCACCGUUCACGACUCCUGUUUGCGGAUUGCGCGGCCAAAUUAAAGCAAUAUGGCGGAUUGACACAAUAAUUUUCAAUGCGUGAUACAUACAUUACAGUAGUUACCAGUGUACAAUUACCACAGUAAUAGGACAAAUUGCAGUGAAUGACGGAUUCUUCGGACGAAUUUUAUGUUGUGCACGUAUAUUAACAUCGGCAUUAAUUUGUCUUUGUGCGGUUUUAUAGUGAUCUUGGCUGGUCGGCGGAUUGUGACUUCGAAAUUUAUUUCGAUAAAUUAUUCUCAAUCAUGUAUGCAUUCUGGUAAUUAACUAUUACGGUGAUUUUACUACUAUUUUUUUAUUUUUAUGACAAAAUAUGUCGUCCACACCAAACAAAAUGCGAGGUCCAGGAAGACCACCGAAGUUAAGAAACAGUUGCACAUGGUGUGGGGAAACUAAACAACCAUUGAAAUAUGUUCUUCCUACACAGAAUGGCAAAAAAGAAUUCUGUUCAGAGACAUGUUUAUCUGAAUCCCGUAAGAGUUUUGCACGAGGUGCAUGUGCACAAUGUGAAAGUUUAAUUAGAAAUACACCUGUUAGAUUGGAUCAAAAAGAUGGUUCAAAAAAGGAUUUUUGUUCUUCGAGCUGUUUAAACACUUAUCAAAAGAAAGAUAAUCAAACAGACACAAAGAAAAACAAUAGGGAUCCAUCAUCACCUGUACCAUCUCCUGCUCCAUCUGGAUUACCAACCAAUAAUAACGUGCCGUCAACUACACAGUCAUAUACUACCAGUACAAAUAACCAAACAACAGUAUCUAAUCCGCCAUCAACAUCCAAUGGAUCAUUUCAGUAUGAAACAUUUCAAACGUUUGAUUGGGAUAAUUACUUAAAGGAAACAAAUAGCAAAGCAGCUCCAACUGAGUGCUUUAAACAGCAUGAAGUUCCACCAGUAAAUGAGUUCAAAAUUAACAUGAAAUUGGAAGCAUUAGAUCCGCGAAAUGUAACGUCAACUUGCAUCGCUACUGUAGUAGGUGUUCUUGGACCUCGGCUGAGAUUAAGAUUAGACGGAUCUGAUAAUAAGAAUGAUUUUUGGCGGUUAGUCGACAGUAACGAGAUACAUCCGAUCGGGCAUUGCGAGAAAUCUGGUGGAAUGCUUCAACCACCAUUAGGCUUUCGAAUGAAUGCUUCGAGUUGGCCGAUGUUUCUCUUGAAAACAUUGAACGGUGCUGAAAUGGCACCAGGGAAAGUUUUCAAACGCGAACCAAAGACACCACGUUCCAAUAUGUUCCAAGUCGGAUACAAGCUAGAAGCAAUAGAUAAGAAAAAUCCUCAACUUAUAUGCACUGCAACAAUCGGUGCCAUUAAAGACGAUAUGAUACAUAUUACGUUUGAUGGCUGGCGCGGUGCCUUUGAUUAUUGGUGCCGUUACGACUCGCGAGAUAUUUUUCCUGCUGGUUGGUGCUUCAAAAGUGGACAUCCGUUACAGCCACCAAGACAGAAAUCAACAGGUACCAAUAGAUUUAAGUCCAAAAGCAGUAAUGUUUUAUUAGUAAUGGCUGUGUCUGGUAGCAAUACCAGCAGAGAACCAGCUGUGGCAUUAGUGAGCCCUGCAGGUUCCAGCGCACCACCACAGCCAGCUACAGAACCUGACACUAGUACAGCUAAUACCAAACCACGCACACUUGAAAAUGAAUAUAAAUAUUCGUUUUAUGUCAACCAUAAUUGUUCUUGUGGGCCAUACUUUGACCCUCGGAAAGUGAAAGCCAUGCCAGCACAAUUUGGUCCUGGUUCUAUGCCUGGUGUUGCCAAAGAUAUCUUUCAAUCAUUCUUAAUGGCAGCCAUGAGUACUAGACAAAUGUUGAGUUUAAUAAGACGUGGUGAAGGUGAAACCAUACAUGUGGUUCUGGAAAGUAAGGCAAAUUCUAUUAGAUUACCUGUUUUUUCGGAAGAGGAGGACUUUUAUACAUACGUUAGACGACAACUUGAGGAUCUUUGUGCAUGUGAGCAUAUGGUAGUUAGAAGAAAAGAACCUUGCACCAAGUGCACUAAUACCCAACAACCACAAUCUACUAAUAACGAAGAAGCAAAUAACACUAUGGAAGAGAAGAGAAGAUGGUCACCGUCGAUUCAACAGAAUUUAACAUCUACUACACCACAACAGAAUUUAACAUCUUCUACUACAUCACAACAACAUGUACAGCAUGUACAACAUGUACAGCAUGUACAACAUGUACAACAUGUACAACAUGCACAGCAUGUACAGCAAACUAAUGUGCAAAGUACAGAUAAUUCUACAUUGUCAACACCUACACCUUCAAAACAACCGCGUAAAUCCGUUCCUGAACUUGAAGCAGCAACCUCCACUACUCAAUCUGAAACUUCUGCAACUCGCACUCCUCCUAAUGAACCAGCAGAAUGGACGAUUGAAGAUGUGAUACAUUAUAUUGCCAUUACGGAUCCAGCACUAGGACAACAUGCAGAUUUAUUUAGAAAACAUGAAAUCGACGGCAAAGCUCUGCUUCUUCUCAAUAGUGACAUGAUGAUGAAAUAUAUGGGAUUAAAACUCGGGCCAGCACUUAAAAUCUGUAAUUUGGUAAACCGUAUCAAAGGUAGACGGCACAUAUUGAUGUGAUUUUCUCAGAUAUGAAGAUAUAUAUAUAUGUAUGUAUAUAUAUAUAUUUAUAUAUAUAUAUAUACAUAUAUAUAUAUACAUACAUAUAUAUAUACAUAUAUAUAUAUACAUAUAUGUGUAUAUAUAUAUAUAUAGUGAUCUACAUUUCUGCAUUUCAACCAGCUGGUCGAAUUAUUUUCAGUUGAUGAGAACGAAUUAAUAUAAAAAUUGUUAAAAACACUGUGAAUAAUGUGAAAGUCUCACACUGACAGUUAAUUAAUCCUCAAAAUCACAAUCACAUAUAUCCAAUAUCCUAAUAGUAAGAUAAAAAUCGAAGUUAGGCUUCAACUUUCAAAGCAUCGUUUUAUUCACUCAUUGAUUUGUAUUAGUGUAAUGCAAGUAUUUUUGUUAAUAAAUUUAUCAUCGUCCUAAGUAUUAACUCGAUUCGAUUUUAAAUAUGUAGCUAAGAAGAUUAAAUUUGAUGUAGUUCUUACAUAUGCUCACUAAAAAGAAAAAAACAUUUCCUCAACUUGUAAAUACAUAUAUAUCAUAUCGCGUCAUACUUUAAAAGUCCAAUAUUGUGAAAUAUAUAUAUUAUGAGUUAAUUGUUUUGUAAUACUUUCAAGCCAUGUUCGUGAUAUCGUAGAUUAACAUUCUUCUUUAAUGUUAUGUUUUUAUUACAUCACAUCGUAAAUAAACCUAAUAUAUGUAUGGAUUACCUAACAUCUGUAGUAACAGAGAUCCAACAAAGCUUGAUAAUAUUAAAAGUUUAAAAUGUUUGAGCUCUCUCUCAUAUUUUCUCGCAAAAUAAGAAUAAAUUGUACAUUUUCGCUGUGUUGAAUAUAUGCAAUGGUCUGAAUGUAAUUUACAAGCGAUAGUUGUAGUUAUACUGAAUUAUAUUAUUUUCAAUAUAAUUUCAAUUGACAGGGAAAA